AAUGAGCUUUUCAAAGGGCUGGGAGGUAGAUGGAAAUGUUUGCUUAGAUCCUCUAAGAAGAGAAAAGGUGCCGGGAACACUUGUUUCUUCUUUAGAAUAAUUUGGAUGGGAUUUGUGAUGCAGAAAAGCUCAAAGAAAAAAGAAUAUCCCUUCUGUGUGGUGGAAAAUUUUUGAACAAGAUUGCUUUCUUCAAACCAGGGUGCCAUUUAGAUACUUCUGGGGAUUGUUGUUCUCAAUAUGAAGGCAUCUGUUAUUGAAAUGUUCCUUGUUCUGCUGGUAACUGGAAUAUAUUCAAAUAAAGAAAUGGCAAAGAAGAGUAAAAGGCCCAAGUUCACUGUGCCUCAGAUCAACUGUGAUGUCAAAGCUGGAAAGAUCAUCAAUCUUGAGUUCAUCGCGAAAUGUCCAGCAGGCUGCCAGGAUCCCAAGUACCACGUCUAUGGCACCGGCAUCUACGCAUCGUACUCCAGCGUCUGUGGUGCUGCAGUGCACAGUGGUGUGCUCGAUAAUUCAGGAGGGAAAAUACUUGUUCAGAAAGUGGCGGGACAGUCUGGUUACAAAGGGAGCUACUCCAAUGGCGUCCAGUCACUGUCUCUACCACGAUGGAGAGAAUCCUUCAUCGUCUCAGAAAGCCAACCCAAAAAGGGGGUAACCUACCCAUCAAUUCUCACGUAUUCAUCUCCCAAGACCCCAGCUGCCGAAGCAGAUGAGACCACAAAAGCCUAUCAAAAGCCAUCUACUCCAGAGACAACUGCAGAGCCGGUCAUGCUGAUGCAGGUCUUGUCUAACCUGGAAGCGGAGGCCGCCCAUACCGCCUUGACAAAAUCAUCCCUAUUGGCACCCUCGGCCAGCACCAGCCCCAGACCACAGCUCAUGGGCCACAGGAGCUGGGAGAUGGGAUUCGUUCCAAAAGAAGAAUUAAGCACACAAGCUUUGGAGCCAGUAUCCCAGGGAGAUCCGAACUGCAAAGUUGACCUGUCGUUUCUAAUCGAUGGGAGCUCCAGCCUCGGCAAGCGUCGCUUCCGGAUCCAGAAGCAGUUCCUGGCUGACGUGGUCCAGGCUCUUGACAUCGGCCCCGCAGGUCCCCUGAUGGGUGUUGUUCAGUACGGAGACAACCCUGCUACCCAGUUUAACCUCAAAACUCACAUGAAUUCUCGAGAUCUGAAGGCAGCCAUAGAGAAAAUUACCCUGAGAGGAGGGCUUUCUAAUGCAGGCCGGGCUAUCUCUUUUGUGACCAAGAACUUCUUUUCCAAAGCCAAUGGAAACAGAAGUGGUGCUCCCAACGUGGCUGUGGUGCUGCUGGAUGGCUGGCCCACAGACAAAGUGGAGGAGACUGCAAGACUAGCAAGAGAGUCAGGAAUCAACAUUUUCUUCAUCACCAUUGAAGCUGCUGUUGAAAAUGAGAAGCAGUACAUGCUGGAGGCCAACUUUGCAAACAAGGCAGUGUGCAGAACAAAUGGCUACUACUCUUUCAAUGUGCAGAGCUGGUUCGGCCUCCACAAGACCGUUCAGCCCCUGGUGAAGCGGAUCUGCGACACAGACCGCCUGGCCUGCAGCAAGACCUGCCUCAACUCAGCCGACAUUGGCUUCAUUAUCGAUGGCUCCAGUAGCGUGGGGACAAGCAACUUCCGCACAGUUCUGCAGUUUGUGGCCAACCUCAGCAAGGAGUUCGAGAUCUCAGACACGGACACACGCAUCGGGGCAGUGCAGUACACCUAUGAACAGCGGUUGGAGUUUGGCUUUGACAAGUACCACACCAAGGCUGACAUCCUCAACGCCAUCAAGAGUGUGGGGUACUGGAGUGGUGGCACCAGUACAGGGGCCGCCAUCCACUAUGCCCUGGAGCAGCUCUUCAAGAAGUCCAAGCCCAACAAGCGGAAGUUAAUGAUCCUUAUCACAGACGGCAGGUCCUAUGACGACGUGCGGAUAGCAGCCAUGGCUGCCCAUCAGAAGGGAGUGAUCACCUAUGCCAUAGGCGUUGCGUGGGCUGCUCAGGAUGAACUGGACAUCAUUGCCACCCACCCUGCCAGGAACCACUCCUUCUUUGUGGAUGAGUUUGACAACCUCUACACAUCUGUCCCCAAGAUCAUCCAGAACAUCUGUAUGGAGUUCAACUCACAGCCUCGGAACUGAAUUCAGAGCAGGCAAAACCUGGCAAGUGCUGCCUUCCUGACUGACUCUUGGGACCAUGCCCAGAUAGCAUUUCAGGGCACAUGCAGGGUGGUGAGGCUGGGCUGGGGCUUGGGAAACAGAUGCAUUGCUGUUGUCCUUUACUAUCAUGGCUGUCACACUUGAAAAUUUGGAGUUAGAGUGAUGGUUAUCAGUGUAUAGAGAAAGCCAAAGUUGUGUAUCAUUUUGAGUGUGCUCACACCUUUAUUUUUUGACAGCUGUUUCCAGAAUGUGUGCUCAGAAGAGAAUGCAGCACUUAGGUUAAAAUCAAGCUUUUGUGAAAAAUUUAAAAAUUUUUCUUUCUCAUGAGAACUUUUCCUCCAGUUUCAUUUCAUCAUGAUGAUGUAGAA